AUGACUCUCGUCUCCAACUUCUUCUCAAACGACAGUGACGACUGCAAGUCCUUCUCCCAGCUGCUCGCUGGAGCCAUGACAUCUCAAUCUCCGAGGGCCCCGGGGUUCCCUCAGCUCAAGGAGCGAAAUUCCAGUGACGGUGAUGGAAAUUCAGAUUUCCGAUUCAAGCAGAACAGACCGCCGCUGAUGUUUUCGGUCCCGACGUCGUCUGGGUUUCUCGACUCGCCGAGAAUCUUCUCACCCGGUCAGGGACCCUUUGUAAUGAUACACCAGCAGGCCUUAGCACAGGUCACAGCUCAGGCUGCUGCACUCUCCCCAUCAUUUUUCAAUUUCUCAACUGAGUAUUCAACAUCUUUCUCGACAGCACCCACCACAAUGUUGACACAACUUCCAUCCUUUACUUUUGAUACAAUGCCACUAAAAGAGAUACCGUCUGGAACACCUGACUUUUCCAUGGCCACAAAAGAAUCAUCUGACAUUUCCCUUUCAGAUCAGAGAUCCACUUCGCGUGUACAUAGAUCUUAA